AUGAUUAAGUAGAAUUGCUUUACAAGAAAAUUAUAGUAGAUGAUUCUCCUUUAGAUUUCCUUCAGAAGAGACACUUGCUUUACUAAUUACAAUAGAAUUUAAAGACAACCAGCAUUUCAUUUAGUAAAGUAAUUAUUGCAAAUUUAGAAAUAAGUCCUCAGCAACAUCCAGAUUGCUCAUAUAUUUAAAUGAUAUGGUGUCAAAAUUGAAUCAGAUUGAAUCUAAUCUAGAAAAACAAGAUUGUGAAAGUUUAGAACAUCAUAUACAAGAAAUGGUUUAACAGUAUUCCUCCAUACCUAUUUUAAAUCAAUCUUAAUCCAAACUUAGAUUGUAACAACCAUAAAAG